GACGCACAUGAGGGGGUUGCAAGUUUGGAGCCACCCACUGUCCAGCAACAUGCAUAGACACAUGAAGCGAAGAGUUUAUAAAGACGCAGAAUUUCGCCAUUUGGGGGUCAGCUGUCUUUCACCAGCGUCCGCAGCAGGAGCCUCGAGGUGCUUACGUGGAGCUGAGAGCAGUGAUGAAGGACAACAAGCAGGAGACCUACUGGCAGGAAACUGGCCGAUGGCAGGGCUACGAGGAGAGCUUCGACCCCCAGGCCGGAGUCUGGGGCUCCUCGCACAUCUCCUACCUCACCUUCAAGAGCCUGGUCCAGCUGCGCCGCACCAUGAACACUGGUGUGACCAUUUUUGACUGUGAAGAAAAGACCCUGGCAAGCGUCGCUGAGAAGAUGGUCAGUGAGAUGAUAAGCAAGAAGCUGGUCAAGCCUGGCGAUAAACAGGGACUUCUGAAUUCACUGCUUCAGACCCACAGCCGAUCAGCUGACCCAGAGAGCCAGACUCUGACUGGAGGGGUGGACCUGAAGAGGUUCUCAGUAAAUGAGAGGAGCGAUGAAACAGAUCGAGUCGAGGCUUCCAUGGUGUUAGUGGGUGCUCUGGACUUUCUGGAAAAGCCCACGGUUGCAUUUGUGCGUCUGAAAGAAGCAGUGGUGCUGGACUCAGCCUUGGAGGCUCCAGUACCGGUGCGCUUCCUUUUUGUUCUGGUUGGUCCCAGUCACACUGAUAUGGAUUACCACGAAACUGGACGAGCAAUGGCAGCACUAAUGGCAGACAAAGUUUUCAACCAGGCAGCGGUUCAGGCGAAAAGUGUGAAGGAUCUCACCGAAGCAGUGGCUGAUUUUAUGGACUGCAGCAUCGUCAUCCCGCCUACUGAGAUCCAGAAUGAAGCCAUGCUCAGUUCCAUCAUCAGUUUCCAAAAGAAACUGCUGCAGGACAGAUUACAGCCCAGGGAGACCGUCGUCCAACAGGACGGCAAGAAACGGAAAGUUUCCAUCUCCACUGGGCCCCCACCUGAAGACCCCCUCUCUCGGACUGGUCGGCCAUUUGGUGGGAUGAUUCGAGACAUGAAGAAGCGCUAUCAGCACUACAAAAGCGACAUUACCGAUGCGCUGAAUGCCCAAGUCCUGGCCGCCAUCAUCUUCAUUUACUUCGCAGCCCUGUCACCGGCCAUCACUUUCGGUGGCUUGCUAGGUGCGUAUUCAAAUGAGUGUGUCAGAGUCCAAAACGCGUGGUCCUCUCCAAUAACCGUGCGGCUUGUUUCAGCGGAUAAGGUUGAAAAUAUGAUGGGCGUCCCAGAGCUGCUCAUUUCCACCAGCAUCCAGGGCAUUAUCUUCUGCUUUAUUGCUGCUCAGCCGGUGCUGGUCAUCGGCUUCUCCGGACCUCUGCUUGUGUUUGAGGAGGCCUUUUUUGCCUUCUGCAAGUCCCAGGAAAUCGAGUAUAUCGUUGGGAGAGUGUGGGUCGGCGUGUGGCUGGUCAUCAUUGUUGUCAUCAUUGUGGCCUUCGAGGGCAGCUUCCUGGUCCGCUUCAUCUCACGCUUCACCCAGGAGAUAUUCUCCAUCCUCAUCUCCCUCAUCUUCAUCUAUGAGACCUUCGCCAAACUGGGGAGGACCUUCAGGGCCCAUCCACUCAAUCUCAAUUAUGCUCAUCUGAACAGCAGUGUGGAAAAUCCUUGGCAGCCUAGAGUGGAAGAGAUGGUCAUUUAUGACAAUGCCACCGGCAACACCACUGUUGUCAUUAACACCAUCAGGCCACCGUAUCCCAACACAGCGCUGCUGUCCAUGUGCCUCAUGCUGGGCUGCUUCUUCAUCGCCUACUUCCUGCGGCAGUUCAAGAAUGGGACUUUUCUCCCAGGAAAGGUCAGACGCUUGAUGGGAGACUUUGGCGUGCCUAUUGCGAUUUUUCUCAUGAUUGUUGUGGACUAUAAUGUUGAGGACACCUACACUCAGAAACUGGUGGUUCCGAAAGGCCUGAUGGUGUCCAACCCUGCUGUGAGAGGUUGGCUCAUCAACCCAUUUGGAGAGCACCAACCCUUCCCUGUGUGGAUGAUGUUCGCCUGCUGUGUCCCCGCUCUUCUUGUCUUCAUUCUCAUCUUUCUGGAAUCUCAGAUCACAACCUUGAUUAUCAGUAAACCAGAGCGCAAGAUGGUCAAAGGCUCUGGUUUCCACUUUGACCUGCUGGUGUUGGUGGGCAUGGGUGGGCUGAGUGCCAUAUUUGGGGUCCCCUGGCUCAGUGCUGCCACCGUGCGGUCAGUCACCCAUGCCAAUGCUUUGACUGUCAUGAGCAAGGGGCCCAAACCUGUGAUCGAAAAGGUGAUGGAGCAGAGGAUCAGUGGCAUUGUGGUGGCCUUGCUGGUUGGUCUGUCUAUUCUAAUGGAGCCGAUCCUGAAGAUGAUUCCCAUGUCCGCCUUGUUCGGGAUCUUCCUUUACAUGGGAGUCACAUCACUCAACGGCAUCCAACUGUGGGAUCGAAUGCUGCUUCUGCUCAUUCCAAAGAAAUAUCACCCUGAUGAACCGUACGCCACCAGAGUGAGCACAGGAAGGAUGCACUUGUACACCGCCAUUCAGAUCGUAUGCCUUGCAGUCUUGUGGAUCGUGAAAUCCAGUCCAAUCUCCCUGGCACUUCCCUUCAUCCUCAUCCUAACCAUCCCUCUGCGGAUGUUCAUGACCGGGCGCCUCUUCACGGAGCUGGAAAUGAAAUGUUUGGAUGCUGAUGAUGCUAAAGUGACAUUUGAGGAGGAGCCUGGUCAGGAUGUGUACUGUGAAACUCAGAUGCCGCUAUAGAAAAACCCACAUGGCAGCUAGGCAGAUUAUCUAAUUAAAUGAAAGUGUCUUUGACUUAUGUUUAAUAAAGGAAAGUCCAGAAGUACAUUUCAGCCCAAGAAUGUAAUAUAUUAUGACUGAUGUGGUGGUUUCUUGUUUUGAUACCUUUGCACAGCAAACUCCGGGAAAAAAGAAAUAAAAGAUA